AAAAUAUUGCGCAAUAAUUUUUUUCGAACAUGGCAGCUCAGGUAGAACUGUCAUGUUUAGAUACAUUUCCAACGCACUUAAAUCCUUUGCACGUGCUUGUUUUCAAGUCACAAUUUAGAUAUGCGUUUCCAAGUUGCAAUGAGCCUACUUCGACCCUUUUAUUUACCUCACGGAUACGUCAAACACUCGGGAAAACUGGUGUUUUGCUCUGCGCGCACUCGACAGAGGAGGAGACGCCAGACUGUACGGCGGAUGGAAACAACACAACUUUAAAACUGUACACAAGUAAGCUCUUUCUCAAACACUAUGGUCUUCAGGAUGAUAUAAGGGGGGUUGUACGCUCACUGUCACCGUUUGCCCUUAGAAAGGUUGUUAUAGGGGCACGAACAAGACAGAGUUUCAAGUGGGCAAGCUCGGAUACGUUUUCCAAUGGACUUCUCAUACUGGCUUCGUGCCAAGGGCAACUACUAUUGGCACGACAAGGGGACUCGCUAUCACUUCCCUAUCACCCUCUACUUGGAGAUGAUAUAUCUCAAGUUCAACAAUAUCUGUUCGACUUAGUUGUGUUGGAGUGUACACCUAUAACGCAGGGGAUGAUAACAAGCAACACAACAGUGGUGGUCACCGACUGCAGAGACAUCGCGCAACGUGGCGCACUGGAAACCUCUAAUGCUUUAGCAACUAGAACUUUGACCUCGCUAUUUGUCUCUGAUUUUGCACACUACGCGAAUAGUCUUGGCGGGGGAAGCUCAUUACUUGACAACAGGCAAGUAUGGGACUCGAGUUUCUCCGCUUUUUUGCAAGCGCUGGAGUGUAGGCUGGAUGUCAGAAUCGUGGAUAUGCCUCGCUUGUACCGUCAAGGGAGAAUUGUACUAGUGGACAAGCGCGAGGCUGAAAUCGAUUUCGACAGUGCUGUUGUCGUAAGCAAACAGUUGCUGCUCAAACUCGGGUUAUUCAACCGUGAGUGGGUAGUGGUGUCUACUUUUAACUGCUCAUCUGAAAUGACAAAGACGUCCUACAGAGGCGAAUACCUGCGAAUUCCCGGGCAAGCCGAUGAGAACGCACCUGACAAAGAGCCAUCCAAGGGAGCCGAAAGGGUCCACCUCGGCUCGGUUGUUGUGGCAGAUUUCAGCAAGUGUGCCGAGUUGGAUCUUCAAGACAACGUUGGCUUCAUAUCGGCGACUCAUUGGUUCAACUUGUCAAAUGGAGAGCCAGUGCCAGUCAGUAGCAGAGCUGUGAAGAUAAAGAGAUGGAACCGGGUCCUUUCUCAGUCAGGUCCUCAGCUUUCUGAGAGCCUCUCUCGAACAGCAUCACCGCUAUUUGCCAAAGAACUCCACCUUGAUGCUGUCAUCUCCCCAGAAUACAGUUCUCAUGGUCCCUUUGACAGUAUCCUCUGUGGGCACUUUACCAUACCAAGACUUGUGCGGCUGGGGGAUGUUUUGGGAAUCCCAUCUGAAGGGCAUCCUGAAGUCUUGGAGAGCAACUCUGAGGGAAUCACAAGGUGGCCGGUCGUGUAUUUCAAAGUGAAAAAGGUUUGUGGCUCUACAGAGGAGGAGGAAGACCAAGGUCCUUACCUGGCAGACACUGUCCACACAUCUCUAUACAUGGGUGGCUCCACCAAUAGCCUGGCUCCCUGUUCCCUUGUUGGCGAGGAGCCUUCCCUCUGGACUAGCCUGUCUCCUCCUGGGCUCUCCAGCACUGUAGACCAAUUCUCCACUAUCAUCCAGCCUCACAUGAAUGACAGCUCUGCUGCUCUGACGAGCGGAUGCACCAUCCUCCUCCUGGGACUGAGUGGAAGUGGCAAAUUCACCUCAGUCAGAGCUGCAUGCCGUAGACUCCAUCUACACUUAGUGAAGGUGGACUGCGUGACCCUCUGCGCUGACGCGGCCGCCGCCUGUGAGGCCAAGAUGAAGUCUGUCUUCCAGCGAGCUGAGGCCCACCGGCCGUGCAUCCUGCUGCUCAGGAACCUGCAGCUGCUGGGCCAGCCCAGGGAUGGCACCGAGGAGGAUGCCAGGGUCAUGGCCGCACUGUGCCAGUUCAUUGCCCACACCCCUUCCAGCGUGGUCGUGGUGGCGGCGGUGAGUAAGCCCCGGGAGCUGUCGUCUGACGUGAUGGCAGCCUUUAUCCACCAGGUGUCGAUAGAGAGCCCCAGUGAGGAGCAGCGCCAAGCUAUGCUGGCCAGCCUCAGCGAGGGCUUGCCCCUGGGGAGGGACGUCAACCUGUCCAGGCUGGCCAAGCACACUGCGGGCUUUCUAUUGGGGGACCUCAGUGCACUGCUGACUCAGGCUGGUAAAGCCGCCCACAGAAGGAUACUCCAAUCCUGUUUCCCAGAGGGGGCCAGUGUGCAGGAGGAAGAGGACCUCUGUGCCUGUGGGGUAACCGUCCUGGCCCAGGACUUCACCAAUGCAUUGGAGACCCUCCAAGAUGCCCACUCUCAGGCCAUCGGAGCCCCAAAGAUCCCCAGUGUGCGCUGGCAGGACGUUGGCGGCCUGCAGCAGGUGAAGCGGGAGAUCCUGGACACGGUGCAGCUGCCCCUGGAGAGGCCCGAACUGCUGUCCCUGGGCCUGCGCCGCGCCGGGCUGCUCCUCUACGGGCCCCCCGGCACGGGCAAAACCCUGCUGGCCAAGGCCGUGGCUACCGAGUGCUCCAUGACCUUCCUCAGUGUCAAAGGCCCGGAACUCAUCAACAUGUACGUGGGUCAAAGCGAGGAGAACGUAAGAGAGGUGUUCUCCAAAGCUCGAGCGGCGGCCCCCUGUAUCAUCUUCUUUGACGAGCUGGACUCUCUAGCGCCCAACAGAGGGCGCAGUGGAGACUCAGGUGGAGUCAUGGACAGGGUGGUCUCUCAGCUCCUGGCUGAGCUCGACGGACUUCACUCCUCUGGGGACGUGUUUGUGAUUGGAGCCACCAACCGGCCAGACCUGCUCGAUCAAUCAUUGCUCAGACCUGGCAGGUUUGACAAAUUGGUGUAUGUUGGGAUCAAUGAAGACAAAGAGUCUCAGCUGCAAGUUUUGAAGGCCAUAGUCAGAAAGUUCAAGGUAGACCCCAGUGUCAGUCUCCAGGAUGUGGUGGAGCGCUGCCCUCCUCAGCUCACAGGGGCGGACAUGUAUGCUCUCUGCUCCGACGCCAUGAUGUCUGCCAUUAAGAGGAAGAUUGCAUGUGUCACUGACGGUCUGGACACAGAGGAUACUCCUCUCAUGCUGUCUGCCGAAGACUUUAACCAAGCAUUGGAUUGCCUCAAACCGUCCGUCUCCGAACAAGAGCUGCUCAAAUAUAAACUAAUUCAGCAGAAACUCACCACAAAAUAACCAAGCCACUCAAGACUAGUGCCGCCCAAGCAUGGGGCUAAGCUAUUCUCUUCUGCAUGCACUACGUUACCCACAAUCCUCUACCACAAGGGUGUAUUCCUCAAGAGUGUAGGCUCUGCAAAAACUGGGGUGUGAAAUUCUCUUCCUCGAGGGCUGCUACUUUUUUCUCUGCACUAAUGAGUGGUGUCAUUAAGUCCAAGGGACCAAACUAGCUCUCAACCUAAUUAAUGCACAAUAUUGGAUGUGGACCACAUUUGUACAGUUUACAAAUAUGCAGCACAAACCUUACGUUGACUGUUCAAAUUGCAAUCACUAGUUUCUGAAUUGAGCUUAAGCAUCAGAAUUUGGCAGUGUUAAUGGCAGCAGCAAAUGCAUAUGUAAGUUGUUCAAAUGAAAACAAGUAUGUCCAUGGCCCUCUAGGAGUAAAGUUGGGACAUCACUUUUCUAUAUCCUCAAAGUGACACUGCUGCUGUUCCUUACUAGCUGCUGUUAGUUACUAGCCAUAUGUUGUCCAAUUAAGCCCAUUAAUUGCAAAGUUGUCUCUUACUGAGUCUUGCAUUUCAGCAGAAUGUUCCAGAUCUGAGUGGUUUAUUAUUCCAAUGCUUCCCCAACCUGAACUAUUUUGAAUGCUGGUUUCUUUUACAAGCCAUCCUUUCAGAGACUUGUUUGAGCAACAAUAGACCCAGCCAAGCCAUCAACAGUUCAAAUGAAAACAAUGGUUUGAUGGAAAACCAGCAUAAUAAGAAGUUGUAGACUGUUUUGGGUAACACUGGUUGGUGCAGAGUUUCCCCUUCUUUCACCCUGUAGAUCAUUUGCAUAAAAUCAAUUAUGAAAAAUUGUAAAAAUAUGAAUCACUUAAGUACAGUUUAGAACAAAUACACAUUGAAACAAAGCUACCGCAUCAAUCCAUGAGAAUGUAUCCGGUCACACUUUAUAUUAAGUUGGCAGUUUAUUGUUUUAAGAAAUCAUUUGUUACAGCAUGAGUAAAUAUGAGUAACAAAGCUGAUGUUCCUCUGAGUGACACAUUGUUGAAUGAAUUUUAAAUGUGUAUGGUUCAAACCAAAGUUGAGCUUGAAUCAGAGUUUAGUAAUUCUCUACUAUAAUUUUGACUAUUCCAAUUUUGUCCUUUGUGAAGAUUGUGGAACGAAAGUUAAUGUAUUUACAUGUGAAAUGUGACAACUUAGUAUAAAGAUGAUAAAUUAAUACAAUAAUGUAAAAUAUUAAAAGAUUGCUAUCAAUGUCAAAAACGGAUACUUACAUUUUUGUAUGAUGAGACAUUGUGCUUCCCAUCUCAUGGUAGCAAAAAUGACAAUAUGAUUACAAAAUGAAGACAAACAAAUCUACAAAUUGUGUUAACUAUAACUUUCAAAUGGUGCAAACUUUUUUUUCCUAGCCAGGUUAAGUAAUUGUAAUGUUUAUGUAAUAAAUGAUUUCUGAUUUUAAAAAGUGUAUUACUUGGGUUGGUAAAAUAAACUUUACCAAAAUA